CGCGUCCGAGUACCUGCACCAAACUUUAAUAUUGGUAUUGAUUGGUAAUAUUGGCGUGUGUGAGGCUCUGGUUGGCCUCUGGGGCAUGGUAGAGGCCGCCCUGACCCACAUUGCUUCUCAGAGGAGCCUCCAAGAGGUCAAAACACCACUAACGAGUCUAAACCAGCUGGAAAUAUUCAAAGAAAACAGGAAGUUGUGGCCGACAAAGGAGACAGCUGGUGUGAGACACUUUAACUAAAGAGCUAAACAAUGGCUGGCAGGGAUGAGAUCUUAGCCAAUUUUCAGGCAUGUUCUGGUAUUGAGGAUGUGGGAGAGGCCUUUAUGCACCUGGAGGCAGCAAACUGGAACCUGCUGGAGGCACUGCAGGUGGUUAUGCCUCUGGAGGGUACACCAGCCACACCUGUACUACCACCACCUCCACUACAGUCUGUAUCACAGCCUGAAGUAAUAAGUGUAGACUCAUCACCUGAGUUGCUCUUACCGCCUCCCAUACCUCCUCUACCAGCUGCCAUCCCCUCGACAUCUGAUGCUUCACUGCCAUCCUCUUCUAAAACACACGGUGUACUUGAUGUCAAUAUUCAGGUUAUGUGUGGGGGUGCAUCUGAAGGCAGCACUUUUCCCUUAGAGCUGCCGAGCUCGACCACUGUAAGUGAACUACGCACAAUGUUGCACCAGCUGGUUGGUAUUAAUCCAUGCAAUCAGAUCUUGGAAGGGUUUGCAACACCAGUAGAUGAUAGUAUGGUUAUCACUGCAGCACUCUUGCCGGAAUCUCGAACACUCACGUUAAAUGCUCAGUCCUCAGUCACUUUUAAUAACUACUACGAGAGAAUUAAUGGCGCUCAUGGUGAUGACUAUCUCUUGCUGAUUCAUGACGAGACAAACAGCAAAGACUACAGCUUACGGUUUCCUGGGAGCAAGAAAAUCAAAGAAAUCAAAAGUGACAUUCAUGACCUAACGACCAUUGCUGUUCGAUAUCAACAGUGGACGGGUUGGCCUCCGAAUACAGAUGAAGAAAAUGCAACUUUAGUAUCAUCUGGGAUCAGCAAGCAGCAUCACCUGACAGUAAGAAAGAUGGUUAAAGAUCGUACGCCCAAGGCUCAACGUAAGACAUUAAUGGAGACUGGGGAAGAAAACAGUUCUGGUGAUGAGUUUGAAGAUGCAGCGGAACUUUUAAAUGACGAUGAUGACUUCCUAGACAUGAUGGAUGUUCCUGCAACUAAAAAACCACAAACAUUGAUUCCAGUAGAUGUUGAAGAUGAAGUAAUGGGUGUUAUACACUUUUGUGAAGAGUUUCGUAAUCGCUAUGGCAGUUGUGUUCCCAUGUUUUAUCAGGGUUCAUUAGAAGAUGCCCUGAAAGAAUCGGUUCAACUCCCAGCAAAAAAUAGAAAGUUACUAGCCGUGUACUUACAUCAUGAUGGAAGUGUUCUCUCCAAUGUAUUCUGCUCCCAAGCUUUAUGCCAGAUAUCAGUUGUGGACUACUUGUCGGCAAACUUCGUUGUCUGGGGUUGGGAUUUAACACAUGAAGCUAAUAAAGCCAGGUUAUUAAAUCUAGUUACAACACAUUUUGGGGCGAUUGCAUCAACAACAGUGAGAAGUUUUAGUGUAGAUAAGCUGCCGGCGCUAUUGGUCAUCACACGCACAAGAGGAACUAUUGAAGUUUUAUCAGUUAUAUAUGGUAAUGGAGUUCUAGAUGAAGUAAUGACUGCACUUCUACACGCAACCGAGAUGUUCGAGGAGCAGAGAUCCACUGAAGUGCAAGAGGAGGAGGCAAGAGAAGCUCGAGAGGCUGUUAAAGCUGAGCAGGAUGCAGCCUACCUGGAAUCUCUAAAAGCAGAUAGAGCAAAAGCUGCAGCUAAGAAGCAGGCAGAAAUGGAAGAGAAACAAGAGCGAGAAAGAGUUGAAUCAAUCAAGCAACAAGAGGAGGCGAUCAAGGAGGCUGUGAGAGCAUCUCUUGAGACUGACAUACCUGAUGAACCAAGUUCAGAUUGUCCGUAUCCUGUAGCAACGUUACGUUUUCGUAUACCUGGUGGGGAAACCUUCAUAAGAAAUUUUCUGGCAAAUACAACUCUCCAGGUGCUGCUCAACUUUCUGCAUGUGAAGGGUUAUCCUGCAGAUGAAUACAAGUGUCUUCAAUCAUGGCCACGUAGAGAUGUGAGUUCAUUGGAUGUCUCCAAGACUUUGAUGGACUAUAAGCUGUAUCCACAGGAAACUCUUAACAUAGAAGAGCGAUGAAGGAUUGUGUAGUGUUGUUUCCCUGGGAGUGAUAGUCGUGUGUGGUGGAGUCUACUGUUAGAGUCUACCACCGUCGCCACCUGUGAUCAUACAAAAACAAGUUCAACGGCAGAUUCAAACUUAAGAGCAUCCACAUAAAGUAUCCAAUUAUAGUGUUACGUUGGACAUUUUAAUAGGAUGGUACUUUGUAUCUACCAGCAAAGGUGGACUUGUAAGCAGACUUCAUAUAUUGAAAAAUGACUUCCCUUCAAUUUUUAGACUAUUCUCAGUGAGUAAAUAAUACCUUUUUGACAGAACUGAGUGUAGCAUUAAGUUAAUGGAAAUUCUGUUACGUAAGUAACUGUAUACUCUUGACAGUUUUUUUACAAAAUAACUAAAUAGUGAAAAUUGAGCCAUGAUUUGUACGGGCACUGCUGAAAAUGUACCCCAUACAUUUUAAACACUGGCUUCCUAUAUUUUAAAGUGUCAACAAACAAUGCAGAACCACCAGGCAAAUUAUUGAGAUAAAAUUCUAGGAUGAAAGGAGGAAAGUGUUUUUUGAUUCCAGUCAUUUUAGUUAGGUAUACUAUAUAGAAAGCUUUAUAACAUUAUUUAAUGAAAAUCAUUUGUCUCAAAAGUUCGAAUAUUUCAUGUUUUAUACUGUAAGUUUUUUUAUUUAUCAUUUAAAUGCACAUCUGUAGGUGAUUUGCAAGAGGAACCACCUGAUGUUAUAGAUUGACACACAUGAGGACAGUACAGUACAGUACAUUGUAUUCAGGAUGAAAUACAAUACAUUGUAUUCAGAAUGAAAUACAGUACAUUGUACUCUUGUACUCGGUGAAAUACAGUACAUUGUACUCUUGUACUCGAUGAACUACAGUACAUUGUACUCUUGUACUCAAAGUGAAAUAGAGUACAUUGUAUUUAGACCAUAAUCAUGCAGUGAUGGUGUCUGUGAGUCACACUAAGGAAUUAUUUCAUUUUGCACGUAAAUUAUGUUUUCAAGCAAAACUAAAUUAAGACCAGGACGCAGACAGUUGCAGCACAGUCCAACUGAGCAGGGAAGUGCCUGGCAUGUCAACUAUGAAAGAUAUGUGGAGAGGAGUAACUGAUUCUUUAAAGAUUGUAUUGCAUAAAUAUCAGUUCUGCACUGUAAUAUGACAAAUAGUGUUUUAUAAAUGUAUGCAAAUAUGUUACAAAUUUAUGCAUUUUAUUUUUUUGCAAAUUUAAUGCCUGGGGAUUUGAUAUACUGUACACAGCAAAUAAGCAACACAGUUUCUUUGAUUUUUGGAUUCUUUAUAGAAAGAUUUGCAAUAUCUUUUUAAAUUUAUUGAGUUUAUUUUGGCUUACUAUAGAAAUCUAAUCAGAGGUUUUAAAUACUAUCAAGAUUUAUGAUAUAUAAAUUUCUUAUUGUGGAAAAUAUUUUAUGUAGUCACAAGAUUAAGGAAAAUCAUUAUCUAAUUGGCUUUAGGGUUCUACAAAAACGUUCUUUGAAAUUCUAGAGGUAUACUAGGCAGCCCUUAACCAAGGUAAUAGCUCAUACUUAGUGCAACUACUUAAUCUUAUCCCCAUAACCUUUGUAUGUCAUCAUUAAAAAUCAUAGCACAGCAAGGAUGUCUAAAGGUCUGUUACUGUAUCAGGUUUGAAUGUGUCGGUAGAAUUCAUUAUUAGUGCUAGUAUGUCAAAUAAUUGCCCCCGACAUCCUACUCUCAGUAUGGCACGGCAGGUUGCAACUACAGUGAUAAGUGAACCAUUGAGCACCCACAUAUUAUAAAGCUUUCAGUUAUUAAAUGUGUUAAGAGGCCUCAUGACAUUAGUGUUUGGAGAAAUUCUCCUUUGACCAACCUGCUGUAAAUAUAUUUAUAAAAGAGCA